GUCACGUGCGGUUCACGAAAAUUAUUUAGGUUAAAGCUAAAAGAAACUGUAAACGAUGACGCUUUUAUUACGGAAAGCAUUUUUCAAACCUUCUUACAUAUACUUUAGGCAAUUCAACAAAAUAGUGAUGACUGAUGAUGGCUCUACAAUAGUUGCACUACAUCGUGAGAAAGAAUUUCCAUACGAUCAGUCUAGACCACUGCCUGAUGAAAUUGAAGACAAGAGCCUGCUAAAAAUGACAGAUAUAAAUGAAGCCCUAAGAGUGUUCAAAGAUAUGGUUCCUGAAAUAGCUAGAAAACAAUUGUCUAGUCUCACUUUGACAACACCACAUCGUUGGUUCCCUAGAGCCAGGGAUAAGCGCGCCAAAAAAACUCAAAUGAACAGAGAAUAUUUGUAAAAUUGUAGUUGAUUAGUUUGUAGUUUUAAAAUAAAUUAAUUUUGACUCUUAAUUUGUU